CAUCGAUCAACACAGACCACAAUGUUCAAGCUGGUGGUGUUGUUCUCCGUCGUGGCCCUGGCGGCUGCCAAGCCCGGGUUGGUGGCUCCCGUGGCGUACAGCGCGGCGGUCCCGGCCGUCAGCUCCGUCUCCCAGUACAGCAGCAGCGUCGUCCACGGCGCCCCCGCUGUGUACAGCGCCCCCGCCGUCUACAGCGCCCCUGCUGUGGCGCCAGUGGCGUACAGCGCCGCCGUCCCCGCUCUCGCCCUCAGCCAGCCCCCUCACUCGCCCGCCGUCGUCUUGGAUGCCGUCCGUGGUGUUCCCCUCGACACCCCUGAGGUAGUUGCCGCUCGCGCUGUCCACUACCAGGCUAAGGCUCUCUCUGGCCUACACCAUCUGCGCAAGCGGUCGGUGGUUGCCGCCCCUGUGGCCUACAGCUCCGUGGUGUCUCCUGUGGCCUACUCUUCUUCUGUGGUAUCUCCUCUGGCCUACUCCUCCUCGGUGGUGUCUCCCCUGGCCUACUCUGCUCCCGUGGUCUCCACCUACGCCGCGGCCCCCGUGGUCCACUCACCCCUCGCCUACUCCGCUGUGGUCCCCAAGGCUCUUAGCGUCCACCCCUGGUAAAUAAACGACGGUCAAAAAUAUUGGUCUGAUCAAAGAUUUUUGUAUA